AUGGGCUUUGAAGUGAGACCUGCAUUGAACUCCCGUUUCCCAGCAGGGCCAAGAGAUCGGAGCAUGGCUAUGAGCAAUGGAAGUGGCGACGGCGUGGUUCUGAGCAAUGGCAGCCUCGCCGCCAGCGCAGCCACCCCCAGCCCGCUGCCCACCUCGGACGGAGACCUCGCAGCCCAGCAGCUCACACCCAAAGAAGCGCCAAGAGCCAAAGUGAGUCCCAACGGAUGCCUGCCAGCAAAUGGCACCGCCAGGUCAUCCUUCCUACCUGCAGACAACCAAAGAGCCGCCCCGCUGCUGCCGCAGUGCUGCCAUCCUUGCCCGUACCAUCACCCGCUGGCCAGUCACCCGGAGUGCCACCCCGAGGCCGGCCCGGCGUCCCCCUCCGCUUUGGCCUCGUGUUGCAUGCAGCCCCACUCCGAGUACUCGGCGCCGCUGUGUCCACACCAUGCCCCUGUGUACCAGACCGCGUGCUGCCUCCAGCCCUCUCCACCCUUCUGCCUGCACCACCCCUGGCCCGACCAUUUUCAGCACCAGCCUGUGCCACAGCACUUAGCCAGCAUCAGACCAUCCAGACCUUUCAAGCUACCAAAAAGCUACGCGGCGCUGCUCGCCGACUGGCCCGUGGUGGUCCUGGGCAUGUGCACGGUGCUCAUCGUGGUGUGCGCCUUGGUCGGAGUUCUGGUGCCGGAGCUUCCUGACUUCUCUGACCCGUUGCUGGGUUUUGAACCAAGAGGGACUACAAUAGGCCAGAGACUGGUCACGUGGAAUAACAUGGUGAAAAAUACAGGCUACAAAGCAACCUUAGCCAAUUAUCCCUUUAAAUAUGCAGAUGAGCAAGCCAAAAGCCAUCGGGACGACAGAUGGUCGGACGAUCAUUACGAAAGAGAAAAGAGAGAAGUGGACUGGAACUUCCACAAAGACAGCUUUUUCUGCGAUGUUCCGAGUGACCGCUAUUCCCGAGUGGUGUUUACCUCAGCCGGCGGAGAGACGCUGUGGAACUUACCAGCAAUUAAAUCGAUGUGCAAUGUAGAUAAUUCAAGGAUCAGGGCGCACCCCCAGUUCAGCGACCUCUGCCAGAGGACCACGGCCGCCUCCUGCUGCCCCAGCUGGACGCUGGGCAACUACAUCGCCAUCCUGAACAACCGCUCGUCCUGCCAGAAGAUCGUGGAGCGGGACGUGGCCCACACGCUGAAGCUGCUCCGCGCCUGCGCCAAGCACUACCAGAACGGCACGCUGGAGCCCGACUGCUGGGACGCGGCGGCCCGCAGGAAGGACCAGCUCAAGUGCGCCCACGUGCCGCGCAAGUGCACCAAGUACAACGCCGUCUACCAGAUCCUGCACUACCUGGUGGACAAGGACUUCCUGGCCCCGAGGCCGGCCGACCACGCCGCGCCCGCCCUCAAGUACAGCAUGCUCUUCUCGCCCACCGAGAAGGGCGAGAGCAUGAUGGGCAUCUACCUGGACAACUUCGAGCGCUGGAACGCGUCCGACGGCGUCACGACCGUGGCGGGCAUCGAGUUCGGCAUCAAGCACAGCCUGUUCCAGGACUACCUGCUGAUGGACACGGUGUACCCCGCCAUCGCCAUCGUCAUCGUCCUGCUGGUCAUGUGCGUGUACACGCGCUCGGCGUUCAUCACGCUCAUGACCAUGUUCGCCGUCAUCAGCUCCCUGAUCGUCGCCUACUUCCUCUACCGCGUGGUGUUCAACUUCGAGUUCUUCCCCUUCAUGAACCUCACGGCGCUCGUCAUCCUCGUGGGCAUCGGGGCGGACGACGCCUUCGUGCUGUGCGACGUGUGGAACCACACCAAGUCCGACAAGCCGCAGGCCGACACGGCGGAGGCGGUGGGCGUCACUCUGCGGCACGCCGCGCUGUCCAUGUUCGUCACCAGCUUCACCACGGCCGCCGCCUUCUACGCCAACUACGUGAGCAACAUCACGGCCAUCCGCUGCUUCGGCGUGUACGCGGGCACCGCCAUCCUGGUCAACUACCUGCUCAUGGUCACCUGGCUGCCCGCCGUGGUGGUGCUGCACGAGCGGUACCUCCUCAACGUGUUCCCCUGCUCCCGGGGGCCCCGGCCGCAGGCGUACCCGGGCAAGGGCUGCUGGGCCGCGGCGAGCCGGGCGGGCCGCCGGGCCCUGCUGGCCGCGUCCGAGGCCUCGCGCAUCUUCUUCGAGAAGGUGCUGCCCUGCAUCGUCAUCAAGUUCCGCUACCUCUGGCUCUUCUGGUUCCUCGCCCUGACCGUGGGGGGCGCCUACAUCGUGUGCGUGAACCCCAAGAUGAAGCUGCCCUCCCUGGAGCUGGCCGAGUUCCAGGUGUUCCGGGCGUCCCACCCCUUCGAGCGCUACGACGCGGAGCACAAGAAGCUCUUCAUGUUCGAGCGCGUGCGCCACGGCGAGGAGCUGCACAUGCCCAUCACGGUGAUCUGGGGCGUGUCCCCCGAGGACAACGGCAACCCGCUGAACCCCAAGAGCAAGGGCCGGCUGACCCUCGACAGCAGCUUCAACAUCGCCAGCCCCGCGUCCCAGGUGUGGAUCCUGCGCUUCUGCCAGAAGCUGCGGAACCAGACGUUCUUCCACCAGACGGACGAGCAGGACUUCACCAGCUGCUUCAUCGAGACGUUCAAGCGCUGGAUGGAGAACCAGGACUGCGACGAGCCGGCCCUGUACCCGUGCUGCAGCCGCUGGAGCUUCCCCUACAAGCAGGAGGUGUUCGAGCUGUGCAUCAAGCGGGCCAUCAUGGAGCUGGAGCGCAGCACGGGCUACCACCUGGACAGCAAGACGCCGGGGCCCCGCUUCGACAUCAACGACACCAUCCGGGCCGUGGUCCUGGAGUUCCCGAGCACCUACCUCUUCACGCUGGCCUACGAGAAGAUGCACCAGUUCUACCGCGAGGUGGACGCCUGGAUCUCCCGCGAGCUGAGCUCGGCCCCCGAGGGCCUGGGCAACGGCUGGUUCGUCAGCAACCUGGAGUUCUACGACCUGCAGGACAGCCUCUCGGACGGCACGCUGGUGGCCAUGGGGCUGUCCGUGGCCGUGGCCUUCAGCGUGAUGCUGCUCACGACGUGGAACGUGAUCAUCAGCCUGUACGCCAUCGCGUCCAUCGCCGGCACCAUCUUCGUCACGGUGGGCUCCCUGGUCCUGCUGGGCUGGGAGCUGAACGUGCUGGAGUCCGUCACCAUCUCGGUGGCCGUGGGCCUGUCGGUGGACUUCGCCGUCCACUACGGGGUGGCGUACCGCCUGGCCCCGGACGCCGACCGGGAGGGGAAGGUGGUCUUCUCCCUGAGCCGCAUGGGCUCCGCCAUCGCCAUGGCCGCCCUCACCACCUUCGUGGCCGGCGCCAUGAUGAUGCCGUCCACCGUGCUGGCCUACACGCAGCUGGGCACCUUCAUGAUGCUCAUCAUGUGCGUCAGCUGGGCCUUCGCCACCUUCUUCUUCCAGUGCCUCUGCCGCUGCCUCGGGCCGCAGGGCGCCUGCGGCCAGAUCCCGCUGCCCCGGAGGCUCCGGUGCAGGGCCUUCUCCCGCCGCCACCGCCUGCCCGCGAGCCCGCCGGACAAGGGUCCGAGCAAAGCGCACGGCCUGAGCGCCUACCAGGCGGGCCCCCGGGGCCAGAAGCCCGGCGCCGAGCAGGAGUUCUGUGAGCUGGAGCCUCUGGCGUCCUCCCCCCCCAGCGGCCCCGCCUCCGAGAAGGCCGCCUACGAGGACGCCCACGUCUGCCCCGAGUUCCCCACCGGCCCGGCCAAGAGCGCGGGGGUGCCCGUGCCCGCGGCUUACCCCGGCGAGCCGGGCCAGGGCGCCAGGAGCGAGCCGAGCCCCGCCCUGCUGCAGCCAGCGCUGGACCAGCGCACCCUGCGGCACUUCCUCUCUCUGAGCCAGAGGUGCAGUUGCCCCAGUGCCUACAGACACCUGCAGUACGGCCCGCCCCCUUGCCAGCAGGUGGGGGACGGCCUGUGCCACCAGUGUGCCCGCGCCACCGCCACCGGCAGCUUUGUGCACGUGCAGAACGGCGUGGCCCCUCUGCCCCCCGUGGCGCACCCCGUCCCACACAUUCACCACUGCCCCUGCCUGCAGGGCAGAGCGCCCCCGCCCCGCAGCUGCUGCCUCCACCCCGGGCAGCACACGCAGGCCCAGGACACCGCGGGCAGGGCCAGUGGGCACAGCGGGCAGGGCCUGGAGGUGGCCGAGCUGGCAGCUCUUGUCCGCAGGAGCGCGGGGUCCUCGCCAAAAGCAGGUGACCCUGAGGACAGCCAGAGGGGGCCCGGUCCCCACGGAGACGCAGGGACCGCGGAGGGCGGGCCGGGGGCCGAGGACAGGGACUCCGGGUCGCCGGGGCAGCCCGACGGGGCGGACAGGGGCGCCGAGCCCUGCUCGCCACAGACCGGCGUCCCCGUGAACUCCGAACACCUACCUCCCAACGAACCCACGUUUCUAUCGAACCGUUUGGCGGGGGAGGCCGGGUGCGCGGCCUGCCCGCCUCGCGCCCAGGGCUACGGCAGGGCGGCGCGGGCGCGGUGCGGGGCCGCGCACUGCCGGGUGCCCGCCUUCGAGGCCGCCGUGCCCGCCGUCUUAGCGCACGCGGAACUUUCCGGCGAGAGUCUGUUAAUAAAAACACUUUAA